AUGGGAGCCUGUUGUAAUCAUCAGUAAACAAUACAAAGUUUAAUGCCCAAUUUUGAAUUAUCAUUUUUGACAAUUUACACAAAAAAUGCAGUGAUAAUAUAGAGAGCAUAUAGAUGUAUAUGACUUAUAGAUUUAGAGUAUUAAAAAAGGAAGAGAAGAUCAAUAGUACCUAUAUCAAUAACAAAUGAUAGUCAAAGAAGUCAUUAAGAGCAUAUAGAAAAUGCAAUAGUUCAUGAAUAGGCUUUGGAAGAAGAAGUAAAGUAGUAAUCGAUAGAAGAAGUGGCUGCUAUAGUAGACCACUCUCCUUUGAAUGGAAUAAAAUUAGAUAGAAAAUAAAGUGAUUACCCAGCUAGUAUACAUUAGAUCAUUUAUCGAAUUGGGAAUUUUAAUUAUAAAGAGUUCCUAAAACAAGAGAUUUAAUACUAUGAAGAAGAAGAUUUAAAUGUUCCAUUUUUAGAUCCAUACUUAUUAUUAGAUGAGUCUAUUUAUAUAGGAUAGUGGAAAUAAGGUAAAAGACAUGGUAAAGGAAGGGCUAUAUUUAAAGAUAAGAGUGUAUAUGAAGGAUUUUGGAAAGAUGAUUAAAUGAAUGGUUAAGGAAGAUUGAUAUUUGAAAAUGGAGAUUAUUAUGAGGGAGAAUUUCAAGGAAACAAGGCUAAUGGGUAUGGAAAAUAAAUUACAUCCAAAGGAUAUUUAUAUGAGGGAAAUUGGAUAAAUGAUAAAUAAUAAGGAGAGGGCUUUGAGAGAUUUCCUGAUGGUACAAACUUUAAGGGGAGAUUUAUUGAUGGCAUUAAAACAGGAUUUGGUGAAUUCAAUUUCUAAGAUGGAUCCAAGUAUUAGUUCAGCUAAAAACAAGGUAUAAAGGAUCUAUUGUAAAUAAUAAAUUUAAUGGAAGAGGAACAUUUUAUUUUCCUGAUGGUCGAAAAUAUGAUGGUUAAUGGAAAGAAAAUUAAAUGGAUGGCUAUGGAACUUUCACUUGGCCAGAUGGUAGAUGUUAUGAUGGAUAUGUAUUUUAUUUAUUAUUAAAAUAAGUAUGUCAAAGACAAAAAGCAUGGUUAUGGAGAUUUCACUUAUUCAGAUGGAUCAAUGUACAAAGGAAAUUGGGAAGAUGGUAAGGAAAAUGGUUAAGGAACAUUUUAUUCAAAAAAUGGUUUAUAUAGAGAAGGGGAAUGGAGAAAUGGUAAAAGAAUCAAAUGGACAUCAUCAUACUAAACUUAAUGAUCAUAGAUACUUAAUUAUAUAUAUUCAUUUUAUAUAAAAUGUAUAUAUAUAUAUAUAUAUUUAUUUAUAAAUAUUUUUAUUUGGAAAAUUAAAAAAAUAUGUUUGA